AUGUUGAAAUUUUCCAUUUUAUAUUUCUAUCUUAUAUUUCAAGUAAUUACAUGUUUUUCUGUAAAUCAGAUUAAUGUAGGAAAUAAAUAUUCUUUGAUAGGAAAUCCUCAAAAUAAUGUACCAUUAAAGGUAUCUAUUAUUGGUAGUGGGAAUUGGGGUACAGUCGUUUCAAAAAUAAUUGGAAUAAACGCUCAAAAGUUAAAAAUAUUUCAUCCAAUUGUUAAAAUGUAUGUUAAAGAAGAAAUUGUGGAGGAAGAAAAACUAUCUGAUAUUAUCAAUAAAAAGAAAGAAAACAUAAAAUAUAUGAAAGGAAUGAAAAUUCCUGAAAAUAUUUUAGCCAUUUCAAACUUGAAGGAAGUUAUUGAUGAUGCAGACUUGUUAAUAUUUGUAUUACCGCACCAAUACUUGGAUAAUGUGCUUGAUGAGAUUUUACAAAAUAACAAUCUUAAGAAAAACGCAAGAGCUAUUAGUCUAAUAAAAGGUAUAAAAAUGAUAAGAUCAAAACCUCAACUACUAUCGGAUAUGAUAGAAAAAAAAUUGGAUAUUGAAUGCUUGGCCUUGUCAGGAUCAAACAUAGCAGAAGAAUUAUCUCGUGAACACUUUAGUGAAAGUACUAUAGGUUUCGAAAAAAAAGGAAAUGAAGUGAUAUGGCAAAAUUUAUUUGAUAGGACAUAUUUUAAAGUCAAUUGUAUACAAGAUAAACCAGGAGUAGAAAUAUGUGGUGCUCUAAAAAAUGUUAUAGCUUUAGGGGUUGGAUUUAUAGAUGGUUUGACAGCUAGCUAUAAUACAAAAUCGGCUAUUAUUCGUAUUGGCUUAGAAGAGAUGAAAAAAUUUGCUAAAAUGUUUUUCCCCAACGUUUUGGAUGAAACCUUUUUAGACAGUUGUGGACUAGCGGAUCUUAUAACCACAUGUUUGGGAGGAAGAAAUUUUAAGUGUGCAAAAGAAUUUGCCAAGAGAAAAGGGAAAGACUCAUGGGAAUUAAUCGAAGCGGAAUUAUUGAAUGGGCAAAAACUUCAGGGGACUGAUACGACAAAAGAAGUAUAUGAUGUUUUGGAGUAUCAUCAAUUGAAAAACGAAUUUCCAUUAAUCUGUACAAUUUAUGAAAUAUCAUUUCAAAAAAAAAAUCCAUGUAGUAUUAUUGAUGUUCUUUCAACAAAAAAAUUAAGAAAUAUAAAAUACAAAUAA